AUGGAAGAAGACGGAGGAGGCGGCGGAGGGUUGGGCUUCAUGGAGCUGCUUACUUCGGGGAAAAGCAUCUUGCUCUUCGACGGCUCUGCUUCUUCUUCGACGGUCUGUUUCAGUGGGAAACAGGAAGAAGAAAGAGAAAAAGAAAACAGCAAAGUUUCUGAGAAUUCAAAGAAGAUUGCCGGAAAGAGAUUAUCAACCUCCAUUAUGACGCCGAAAACAGAGUGCCCUGCUUCAGCUACCAGCAGCUUCCAUGGCGGCACCAAGGUCCCUUUCAUAUAUAUGCGCAUUUUGGCUACGUCCAUUAUUAAACAAAUCUGUGAAUCGCAGAGGAGGAAGGAAAAGUUGGGAGAUCGAAUUACGGCAUUGCAGCAGCUGGUUUCUCCCUUUGGCAAGGUGAUUGUUAACCGUGAUUAUAUCAAUUUCAUGGCGACAUUGGCUUGAUCGUUUACUCCCAGUACUGUCUCUCUGUUGCAGUCUGAUGCUGCCAGUGUUCUCCACGAAGCCCUAGGUUACAUCCGCUUCUUGCAUGACCAAGUCCAGGUUCAUAGCUAUACCUCCCAAAUUCGACACCUAUAGUUUUAAUAUAUCAAUAAAUCUGUUCUCUGUCAGGUUCUGAGCUCGCCGUACCUGAGGAACUCGCAGUUCGUGGAAGAAAUUGCAGCGGAGGAGGAAGAAGCAAGAAGGAUCGAUGAUCUAAGAAGCUGGGGCUUGUGCCUGGUGCCGGUCUCUUGCGCGGAGCUCGUGACGAGCAGCAAUGGAGCUGAUUUCUGGUCGCCGGCUAUGGCUACCACGACGGGGGGCAGCAAGUCAUCUUCCUCCAUUUCCAAGCACUAAGUUCUUUCUUAGAGUUGACAGAAUCUAGAUACUGCAGAAUCUUGUUUAAGAUCAUAAUUCUUGGAAGAAGCAACAACAACGUUUGACCAAGUAAUUAGACUUUUAAAGUGGUUGUCUCUUCUUCUUCGAAGAGCAUAACGAAGUUAAUCAAUACAAAGAAGAUUCUUACUGUGCUUA